AUGACGGCCAAAGAGAACGUUAUAAAGGAGUCGCAGGACACCGAAGAUUUACAGGAAUCUAAAAUCGAGGGUACCGAAGAAAAGCAAGAUGUUUGCGGAUCACCAGAAGCUGGCCCAGCCAAACCCUGUGAUCAGAAGGAUGACGGCAAUCAGGCUUCGAAGAGCCAAACGAGGCUUGAGAGAUUCAAAGCACUCCAAGCGCGAGCGAAAAGCGCUGCGAAGAGUAAUCUCAAAGAAACCGCUGCCGAGUCCCACCGAUUGUCUACAGAUCCGACACUACUAAAUUCCAUCUCUCGCAAACAUGCUUUUGCAUCACACAAUCUUUUAAAAGCGGAUGUCGAAGCCGCUGGUGAAGACUUUGAACGCAAACGUGCUUGGGACUGGACCGUGGAUGAAUCCGAAAAAUGGGACCGCCGAGUGGAGAAGAAACAAAAGCAUCGGGAGGGUGUUGCAUUCCAGGAUUGGCGUCAAGACUCUCAUAAGAAUUAUAAAAGGCAGCUGCGACGAAUGGAACCCAAUCUUGAGGCUUACGAAUCCCAGAAAGCGGAUGCCGUUAUGCGCGCCGCCGCAAAUGGAGGUCUUGAUCUCAUUGAAGGCGAAGAUGGCGAGCUAGUGGCUGUGGAUAAGAAUGGAACUUUUUACUCUACCGCAGACUCAAUAGAUUUCACGCAGAACCGACCGGAUCGCGCCGCAGUUGAUAGAUUGGUAGCCGAUCUGCAAAAGGCGGAAGAGAUGCGCCUGAAAAAGCGAAGAGAACGUGGCCUUGGAGACGACGAUGGCGACGUUACAUAUAUCAAUGACAAAAACAAACGAUUUAACCAGAAAUUGGCCAGGUUUUAUAACAAGUAUACUGCUGAAAUUCGAGAUAGUUUUGAGAGAGGCACCAUGAUCUGA